UAUAAUCUGACAUAAGUUUCAAGGCAGGAUGGAAAGCGGAGGCACGAAAAAAGUGUGUACAGGACGAUUUACUGUUCAGAAUGGUCGAUCACAGAAACCAGAGAACUGAAUGUUUAUGGACACAGCAGUGAGGCAACAAGCUAGAAACUACAGAACAGAGCUGGUGGGGGUGGGAAUAGGUGUAGAAAGAGAACCAGGAGGAAGAAUGGUUUCAACAAUCUAGGUAUUUACUCAGUUAGCACAGCGGUGGGGACUUGAAAUAGGCUGUCUAAGUCAAGGAAUGAGACAUUGCUGCCUGGGAGCUUCGAGGGCUGCUGAUUAAACCCAGAUGCAGUAAGAGAUAGGAUCUAAAAGGCUGCUUCCAGGAUCCAGGAGAAUGGACUAUGUAUAGUUUUAGCAUCAGAACUUACACCCCGGGGUUCGGCUGCUUGCGGCUGUUUGCCGGAGAGAUGGGCAUGGUGGCGACUGUCUGGGAAGUGGUCUGGAGCUCCUGUACCCCAACGCCCGGCGUUAGAGGAGCAGGCAGAAGCUGGGGAAUGUUUGCCAGGCGUCAUGGAGACGGUAGAGCUCGGGCUCAACAAGAGCCCGUGCGGUUGGCUGGCGGCUGGAGGCCGAGGAGGAGGGCGGAGGCGGAGGGGAGGGCAGAGGGUUGGUGGAGCAAGAGGAAGCUCAGGACGACGACUAGAAAAAGGAGGCGGGCGGCCCAGGCCCCAGGCCCCUCCCAGGUUCUGAGUCUCCCUGGCUGCAGGCGGAUGGAUGGGGCUUCUUCAGGCGGUGGCGGCAGCAGCGGAGGAGGCGGCGGCGGCGGCGGCAGCGGCUAUGGUGUGGUGGCUCGAUUCUCCCAGUGCCUGGCUGAGUUUCGGACGUGGUUAAGAACCAACUGGUUGAGGUUCAAUGCAGACAAGACGGAUGUGAUGCUGAAAAUGUGCAUCAGAUGUUUAUGUUUAAUUGGUUUACAGACUGUCUGUGGACUCUUUUCCUGUCAAAUUACCAGCCAUCUGUUGAGUCUUCAAGUCCAGAAAUGGAUGAAAUGUUUGACUGCUCAUGAAAGUACAGGGGGUUCAGCGACAUCAGAUGACCAUGAAUUUGAUCCAUCAGCUGACAUGCUGGUUCAUGAUUUUGAUGAUGAACGAACAUUAGAAGAGGAAGAAAUGAUGGAAGGAGAAACAAACUUCAGUUCUGAAAUAGAGGAUCUUGCAAGGGAAGGAGACAUGCCAAUUCAUGAACUUCUCAGUCUUUAUGGUUAUGAUAGUUCUAUUCCACUACCUGAAGAAGAUGAGGAGGAAGAGGAAGAAGAAGAAGAAGGUGAAGAUGAUGAAGAUGCUGAUAAUGAUGAUAACAGUGGUUGUAGUGGGGAAAAUAAAGAAGAGAAUAUAAAAGAUUCAUCAGGUCAAGAGGAUGAAACUCAGUCUUCCAAUGAUGAUCCAUCACAAUCUGUUGCUUCUCAAGAUGCCCAGGAGAUAAUUCGCCCACGUCGAUGUAAAUAUUUUGAUACAAAUAGUGAAAUUGAAGAAGAAUCUGAAGAAGAUGAAGAUUAUAUUCCAUCAGAAGAUUGGAAAAAGGAGAUAAUGGUGGGUUCCAUGUUUCAAGCAGAAAUUCCAGUUGGCAUUUGUAGAUACAAAGAAAAUGAAAAAGUGUAUGAGAACGAUGAUCAACUCCUGUGGGAUCCUGAGUACUUACCAGAAGAUAAAGUGAUUAUAUUUCUUAAGGAUGCAUCUAGAAGAACAGGUGAUGAGAAAGGUGUAGAAGCAAUUCCUGAGGGAUCUCACAUAAAAGACAAUGAACAGGCACUAUAUGAAUUAGUUAAAUGUAAUUUCGAUACAGAAGAAGCAUUGAGAAGAUUAAGAUUUAAUGUGAAAGCAGCUAGAGAGGAAUUAUCUGUUUGGACAGAAGAAGAGUGUAGAAAUUUUGAACAAGGACUGAAGGCCUAUGGAAAGGAUUUUCAUUUGAUUCAGGCUAAUAAAGUUCGAACAAGGUCGGUUGGUGAAUGUGUAGCAUUCUAUUAUAUGUGGAAAAAAUCUGAACGUUAUGAUUUCUUUGCUCAGCAAACACGAUUUGGAAAAAAGAAAUAUAAUCUUCAUCCUGGUGUAACGGAUUACAUGGACCGUCUUCUAGAUGAAAGUGAGAGUGCUGCUUCUAGUCGGGCACCAUCCCCUCCCCCAACUGCCUCAAACAGUAGUAACAGCCAGUCUGAGAAGGAAGAGAGCACUAUAAGCAGUAGUAAUCAAAAUGGAGUGUCGUCUAAUGGACCAGGUGAAACAUUAAACAAAGAUGAAGUAAAAGUUGAAGGGUUACAUAUGAAUGGACCAACAGGUGGAAGUAAGAAACCACUUCAUGCAGAUAUGGAUACUAAUGGUUAUGAGACAGAUAACCUUACCACUGACCCAAAACUUGCCCAUAUGACUGCAAGAAAUGAAAACGAAUUUGAUGAAAAGAGUGAGAGACCUGCCAAAAGGAGAAGGGUAAACAGCAAUGGAAAAGAAAGUCCAGGGUCUUCUGAAUUUUUCCAAGAAGCAAUCUCACAUGGAAAAUAUGAAGAACUUGAAAACACAGAUGACUAAAUUUUAGGCUUAGUUUACUUUCUUUGGAGUAAAUUCUGGUGUGACUAAAAUUUUCAGGGUUGAUGGGUUACCUUAAAAAGUUGAUUUCCAUGAAGCAGUUGGUUAAAAUUUGAAUUGAGUCCUAACUUUAGAAAAUUAUACAGACUUUUUACUUUAAAACUGUAAAGACCCUUUUAAGGAUAUAACAAAUAGAUUAGUGAAUUUGAAUGAACUAAAGAUAUAUCUGUACCUUCUCAGUUGAUAUAUUAAUCCUAAAGUUUUACUACAAAGUACUUUUUGCUUAGUUUGAUGGCAGAGAAAAACCAAGUUCAAAUUUCUGCUUAAUACCAGUUUUCCUGAGUUUGUUAAAAUGUCUUGUAAUCUAUAACAGACAUUUUUCUCUCCAUACAGAUUGAGUGUCAUUAUUAAGGAAACCCUUAUGAAUCCUGAAAGUUAUGCUAGCAUGAUUUUUUUAUAUAUAGAAGUUUAAAAUAAACCAAGUCAGGUUUGUAUAUGUAAAAUUGUUGACAUCAAUGAUGUCUUUCCAUAUUCUUAUCUGGGCUUAAGAAAUACAUUCUGUAUUUUUCCAGAUUCUUUGUAGCCUUUGAAAGAUUUUUACAGUACAUAUGUCUUGACUGAGCUGUCCUUUCUUAAUACAAAAGCUUGUAUAAUUUUCUUAACUUGUACAGUUGGUAAACUUUUAUGAGAGGAAUUGAUAUUCUGAGUCUGUCAGCUUUCAUUUUUAUUUUGCUAAGGUUUUUCUAAUGAAUUUUUAAGUGUUUGUGUAGUAACUAAGUCAUGUUUCUUAUUCAGGUGGUAAUUCAUAAAGGAUUGUGAACAUUUGUUUUUGUUUUUUUCCCUUUGAAUUUCUACUUAAGGACAAAUAGUUUUGAGAAUUCUGAAAUUAAGCAUGAUACUUAAACUGCAUAGUUUGUUUUGCAUUUGCUAUAAUUUUCAAAGUUAUUUUUUAAGCAAAAGUUUAAUGUUGGCAUAAGUGCUUAAGUGUAUCAUGCUGACUAGAAUCCUGUUCAGUUAUUUUUAUAUGCAUUAUAAAGUUUCCCAUUUUUGAACUUAACAGAGGGAAAAGUCAAGUGAUAUUUAGAUAUUGACACACACAAGGGUUGGCACGCAAAAAUAUUAUUUGAAUAAUGAGAAAGUGAAGUCAGAAAAGUUUUUAGACUUUUCCAGUUACAAUCCAGUCUUUCAGAUUUCAUAAUUUCCAAACUGAUAAUAAGUGUAGUAAUCAUUGUUCAUGGACUACAAAUAUGACCAUCCAUUGCAUAGCCUUGCAGGAGUGCCAGUUUAUUUUUAGUGCAAAUUUCUUGUUAAAAAUUGUAGUUUUAUACAGCUGAUAGACCAACUUAUAUCCAAACUUUUAUAAAAGAUUAUUAACUAUUCUUAUUUUUAAUCAUGCAGGCAUACCCCAAAUGCUUUAUUGUCAUUUUCUGCUAUGAGUUGAAUAGCCAAUGCCUUUUUAAAACAAAUCUGUGAUCUCAGCUAUCUAAUGCGAUUGAAUAGAGGUUUGCACUGGGAAAUUAUGGUUUAGGUCUUGCCCCAUGAAGUAUUAACUGUUCAGACUGCUUCCCAUCACCAAUGUGAACAACUACCCCCACCCCCAUAACCACCCCAAGCAGUGUUAAAAGCCACUUUACAACACUUGACUUCAUAUAAAGUACAUCCACUGUUUUACAUACAUAUCAAGGAAGUCUAAGUUUUGGGUAAAAAUAUGGAGAAGUAAGAGUUUUUUGUUGUUUUGCUUUACCUAGAACAUUAAUUUAUACAGAAUGGCAGCUUUAGCAGAUGGUCACAAUCCAUUUUCUAAAUCAGAUUUUAUUAAACAAAUCCAAAAUAUCCUAGAUCUUUGUCUAAGAUGAUCUAUAGAAAUGUUUCAAAUGAAUAGUGUAUACUUUUUAGGCUGUUGUGGUAUUAGAAUGCCAUUUUCACCUUUUGUAAAAGAUACAUUUUGUUGCAGGUUUAUGAAGUUCUUGCAGAAUAUUACAGGAAUAUUUUUAAUAAAUUCUCAGGCAUGUUUGCAAAUAUGGCACAUGUAUACAUGUUAGGAAUUUUACUUUUCAUCUUUUUAAAAUAUGCCUAAUGAAAGACAUUCCACUAUUAUAAUACAUAGUGCUCAGCUUUUCAUAAGAAAUAUUUAAAUGUAUUUUGUGUUUAUACAGGUAUUUCACAUAGUACUUUGUUCAUAAUGCAGCCACUAUAACUUGAUAAGUCGUUGCACUACUUUAAAAUUUUGGGUAAUAUCAUGAACUUAAUUUGCUUAAGAUUUAGUAUAUUUCAUAACUCUCAAACUGUUGACACAUUGCAUUGGUAAAAGAAGCCUCUGUUAAUAGUUAAUCUACCCCACCCUAAACCCAGCAAAGCACUAUCAUUUUUAUUUGGAAUGGUUUUCUCUUUUAUGAAAUGUUUUCAAAUAGGGUUCAGAAUCUACAACUUAAUUCAACACAAAUCUAUUGAGCUUUAAAAUGUAUUUGAAGUAAUAUUUAAAUAGGCAUUUAAAAUUAUGAAUUAGAUGUUUUUAAAUUUAUGCAUAGUAAUUUUGCACUGUAAGAUAAUUCCCUUCUCCCAUUCCCUGUCUGCCAUUCUGAACAUGCUUAUUAAAAUAUUUUUUUAAACAUAUUUGCCUAAAUAAUGCUGUGUGAAUGAUUUUCAUUAGAUUGAUUCACUAGGUUUUAAUUAUAAGUUUGUAUAAUGUACAUUGUUUGCAAUGCGUAUAUAUACAACCUCUGUUCCUUCUGCUCCUAGACAUACUGCAUGAAGUAGUGUUUCAGUGGUUCGUGGUCCUUUUUACCUCAUCUUGGGUGAUGUAUUUUUUUUUUCUUCCCCUCCAGAGAAACCCUUUGGCCUAUACC